CGCCGGGAGGCAUGGCUCGGGGGCCGGCCGCUAGCGGCGCCGCAGCCCGGGCGCCCGGGCCGGCAUGAGGACGGCCGCGGGGGGACGAGUGCGGCCCCUGGGGCCGUAGCCUGCGUCGCGCCGGGGACAAAGAAGCCAUGCAGUGACACCUGCUAAGACUUGUCGGUAGCCAUGUCGGAGCCCCACAGGGUCCAGUUCACCUCUCUCCCAGGUUCUCUGAAUCCUGCAUUUUUGAAGAAAUCCCGGAAAGAGGAGGUUGGGGGAACAGAACAGCAUCAGGACUCUGAGCCGGCUGCAGCAGCUGUUCGGAUUACACUCACCCUCUUUGAGCCAGAUCACAAGCGCUGCCCAGAGUUCUUCUACCCAGAGCUGGUGAAGAACAUACGAGGGAAGGUGAAAGGCCUUCAACCCGCAGACAAGAAGAAAGAUCUCUCAGAUCCUUUCAAUGAUGAAGAAAAAGAAAGGCAUAAAGUGGAGGCCCUUGCCCGGAAAUUUGAAGAAAAAUAUGGUGGAAAGAAACGUAGAAAAGAUCGGAUACAGGACCUAAUUGACAUGGGGUACGGUUACGAUGAAUCUGACUCUUUCAUCGAUAAUUCUGAGGCGUAUGACGAGCUUGUUCCUGCUUCUUUGACUACAAAGUAUGGAGGAUUUUACAUUAAUUCGGGAACCCUGCAAUUUAGACAAGCAUCAGAAUCUGAGGAUGACUUCAUUAAAGAAAAGAAGAAAAAAUCUCCAAAGAAGCGGAAGUUGAAGGAAGGUGGUGAGAAGAUAAAGAAGAAGAAAAAAGAUGACACUUAUGACAAGGAGAAGAAAUCGAAAAAGUCCAAGUUUUCCAAAGCCGGCUUCACAGCCCUCAAUGCCAGUAAGGAGAAGAAGAAAAAGAAAUAUUCUGGGGCUUUGAGUGUUAAAGAGAUGCUAAAGAAAUUUCAGAAGGAGAAAGAGGCUCAGAGAAAGAGGGACGAAGACCAUAAACCUGUAGCCGUCUCGUCGGUGGAAACUCAGGGCCUGCGAGAAUUGGAGGGCACCUCUGACCCCUUGCUCUCGCUCUUUGGCUCCACUUCUGACAACGACUUGCUCCAGGCGGCCACUGCCAUGGACUCGCUGACUGAUUUGGACUUGGAGCAGCUGCUCAGUGAGUCUCCAGAAGGAAGCCCUUUCCGUGAUAUGGAUGAUGAGAGCGAUUCCCUUGGGGUGGGACUGGACCAGGAAUUCAGGCAGCCCUCUUCCCUCCCUGAAGGCCUGCCUGCACCCCUGGAGAAGCGCGUUAAGGAGCUGGCUCAGGCCGCCAGAGCUGCUGAAGGAGAGAGCAAACAGAAGUUCUUCACCCAGGAUGUUAAUGGCACCCUCUUAGACAUAGAGGUGCAAACUCGAGAGCUGAGUAGCCAAAUCCGUUCUGGGGUCUAUGCCUAUCUUGCUUCAUUCCUGCCCUGCAGCAAGGACACCCUGGUCAAACGUGCUCGGAAACUUCACCUCUACGAACAGGGGGGGCGUCUGAAGGAGCCUCUCCAGAAGCUUAAGGAAGCCAUUGGAAGGGCAAUGCCAGAGCAGAUGGCCAAGUACCAGGAUGAAUGUCAGGCACACACACAAGCCAAGGUCGCUAAGAUGCUGGAAGAGGAGAAGGACAAGGAGCAGAGGGAACGGAUGUGCUCUGAUGAGGAAGAAGAUGAGGAAAAGGGGGGCAGGAGGAUAAUGGGACCCCGGAAGAAGUUCCAGUGGAAUGAUGAAAUCAGGGAGCUGCUUUGCCACGUGGUGAAGAUAAAACUGGAGAGCUACGAUCUGGAGAGGAACAAUAAGACCCAGUCUUGGGAGGACUAUGUGAAGGCCUUUCUGGAUGCUGAGGUCAAACCUCUGUGGCCCAAAGGCUGGAUGCAGGCCAGGACUCUGUUUAAGGAGAGCAGACGAGGCCAUGGGCAUCUGACGUCAAUCCUGGCCAAGAAGAAAGUCAUGGCCUCUUCCAAAAUCAAGAUGAAGGAAUCAUCCACUAAGCCUGAUAAAAAGGUUUCCGUCCCAUCAGGCCAGAUUGGUGGCCCCCUGCCUUUGCCUUCAGAACACCCAGGAGGAGGCCUGAGCACUGGGGCUGCAAACAGGGAGCUCUCAACCCAGGCGUCUGGCAGCCUUGCUAAUCCUGCUCCUAUCAACCUGGAGGACUCGUUGGAUGGGGACUUGAUCCGUAAUUCAGCCUCCUCUUUGGAGGUGGUGUCUAAGGAACUGGCUGUACUGAACAGCAGAGCAGGUGGGGGCUCUGAGUUCCCACUGCCGGCACCCUCAAAGGCACCUGCAGAGAAGAUGGUGGGUGUCGGGUGCUCAGAAGAGAAGAGGAACUUUCCAAAGCCCAGCCCUUCUGCCCCGCCAACCUCUAGUUCUCUGCAGUCUCCCCUCAAUUUUCUGGCUGAACAGGCUUUGGCACUGGGGCAGUCCUCUCAGGAGAAAAAACCAGAGAGCUCUGGCUACAAAGAGCUAUCCUGUCAGGCCAUGCUCAGCAAGGGCCUGUCAGAAGUGCACCAGUCCAAAGCAAAGCACCAUGGCUUGCCACGGACGUCUCACGCACCCCAGGCAGCAGCUCCUGUGCCUGGCCCCCAAGUCAAAGUUUUUCAUGCAGGCACUCAACAGCAAAAGGGUUUCACCCCUCCAGCUCCUUUUGUCAAUAAGCUCCAGGGCCCAAAGCCUUCCUCCCCACAGUGCCAUCGUUCCCUCCUCCAGCUUGUGAAGACAGCAACCAAAGGCCAGAGCUUCCAUCCCUCCACGCCGGCCUCUUCAGGAGGCACACCAGCCUCCAGCAGCAACUCGCAUAAGACCCCAGCCUCGUCCUCUACCGCCCUGAGCCAUCCAGCAAAACAGCACUCAGCCGGCUCUUCAGGGCCAUCUUAUAAGAAUAGUCCCUUUGCCAGCUCUGUCUCUAAACAUGGGGUUUCUUCUGGCAGCUCUUCCUCUGGAGGAACACCAGUCCAGAGCUCUACUUCCGGGAACCUGCUCCCCGGUGUACAGCCUCCCUCCACAGGACAGUCUGCCAGCAGACCUGUCCCAGGCUCUGCAGUGAAAAAACCACCUGUUUCCCAGAAGCUGACCCUGGUGGCCCCUCCAGGUGGUCCAAAUGGAGACUCCAGCGGUGGGACCCAGGGAGUGGCAAAGCUACUGACCUCCUCCCUGAAGUCCAGCGCGGUUAGCAGCGUGACAUCGUCUACCUCCUUGCCAGUGAGUGUCCUGGCACAGCAGCCCACCCCUCAUGGGUCUUGUGGACAGGGCCGCUUGCCUUGCCCUGGUCGGAGAAUGAGAUCUGACACUGAAGGUCAGAAAGGAACGAGUGGGGCUGUGCUGCUGGCCAGCUCCUCGCCCUUAAAUCUGCUGUCUGCAUCGUACAAGUCCGGCAGCCCGAAACUGCCCGGAGCCAUGAAUUCCAACUCCUUGGGGAUCAUCUCCCAGUUUCCUCUCCAUGUGCUCUCCUUCAGCGCCGAAUCCUCUGCCAAAGCAGGGGUUUCCAAGGAUGCUAUUGUCACGGGUCCUGCUCCUGGGACAUUCCAUCACGGCCUCAACCAUAGUCUCCUGGCUGGCUUGCACUCCAGCCCACCCCGUGCAGCGCCUCUCCCACACGCUGCCGUGUCCACCCACAUCCCGCAAAGUCUGCCAGAUCAGUGGAUUUCAGAAAAAGGGUGUGGUAUGCAGCACAGAUGCCCCAGCUGGUAACCUUCAUAGUACAUAAUGCUUCUCAACUUCAUGGAAAAGGGCCUGGUGUACCACGGAAAUUGUGACCUCUUCAGAGGAAAGGCCCGACUAACUUAGGUCUGGGCAGAAGCUGAACAAGUAGGUCUCAGAAACUGGAUAAUCACUAUGCUCUUUCUGCCGAUUGGUUCUCUUCUGGAGAAGGUGUGAGUGCUAAGUGGAGCGUCUCUUGGCACUGUGAUGUGCCUUCUGUUAGGGGAGCAGCCCUGGGCUUCUCCAGAGGCACUGACUGGCCUGGUGCUCCAGGCUCCGCGGCUCUGUCAUGGACAAUCGUUGGAGGGGCAACUCUGGGCUGGGGUGCGCGCUGGGUCAUGUACGAAGCUCUGGUGUCAGGGUGGAGCAGUUGGCACACGUGCUCUAAAUCCACCUGACCCCUGGCAUUUGGUCACAGUACCUCAUGGUGCCCUACUGGUCAGGGACUCCUUCUGGCCACAGCAGGAUCCCUGGAUGGUCAUGGUGUCCGUCCCAUCCUCAGGCUGUGUGCUCAACAGGACAAAAAUCCAGGCUAACACACAGCUGGGAGACUUUUUUUUUUUUUUUUUUUUUGAAAAGUACUCAGAACACCUAAUGUUUGCUCGUUGUGGUGGGGGCCAGCUUCUCUGCUGAACAUGACAAUGAAGCUCUUUCAGAAAAAAAGACCUUUGUAGAUUCAAUAGUUGUGACAGGAUUUUUAAAGACACUUAUUUUGGUCCAGAUUUCAUCAUUACCAUUAAUGCAUUGGAUAGAAUGGGACUGCUUUUCGCAUGUCAUAUUAUAGUAAGACAUAAUUCCAGUGCCUUUAUGGUGGAGCAGAAUUAGACACACGUCCAUUCAGCCUUCUGAGUGGAUCUCAGAUGAAGACUUUUUUAAAAGAUAUGUCUGUAUUUAAGACAUAGCCAAUUUGAGUUUUUUACAGUUGCACAUCAUGAUCUGUGCUGUCCUGACUUGAAGGUCAUCUGGACCCCCAAAUCCCAGGUUCCAACAGCCAGAGCCCCCAUUUUGGUUUUUUUCAGAGUUCAUACAGGUGGACUGCAGAGCCCCAAAGCCCUCCACCUUUUUGAGGGCCAAGGAUAUGAGGGGUUCCAAGUCACAGACAUUCCAGUUUGUUUUCUUUAGAAACCAUUCUCAGGCAGAGCUGCAGGAACAGGCCUCUGUGAAGCAUCUGCCAUGUAGAAAUAAGCCUUGCCAUCCUGGAGCUCUCCAGGCAGCAGGGCUGUGCAUUGACUUAAGGGUGGUGCGCCAAUGAGCUCGGAAAGUGCGUCAGAGACAGACUAGGACAGCUAUCCCAGAGCACACUCAGCCAGUGGCUGCUUCACAAGGAUGGUCAAAGCCCUGGCCUGUCCUGUGAAGUGUGUACCACCUGGUGUGUCUGAACUGACUGCUUUGGCUAAGUGGUUGCAAAUAUGUUACGAGUAAUCAGCCUCCUCAGAAUGUACACCUGUGUGGACACAGGCAGCUCUCUUGCUUCCUGCCUUCCAGGGUACAGCGCUCAGUAACUCACAGUCAUGCAGAGGUUUGCCUGGUUUCCAGCGGAGCUAGACCUCUGUCAGCUGUCCGGCUAGGCCUCUGCUCUUUUUUUCUUUUCUUUUUUGUUUUCCUUUCUUUCCUUUUUUUUUAAAUGUUAAGAACCAACAUGUGUUUCACAUCGGGCUAGAGUGGAUUCCUUAUCCCUUCAUUAUAUCUAUUUUUUGCAACUUGGGUUUCCAGUUUGUUUACAGAAUAGUCUUAGGUAGUAGCAAAAGAGCCAAAGAAGAGAUUUGUAUUGCUGAGCUCAGAGCCGCAGAGGCCGUCCGUGAACACGGAGCAGUGGGAACUCUCCAGGCUUCUCCACCCGAGGACACCCAAGGUCCCUUCCCUGCAGCGCUCCCUCCUCCCCAUGUACCACUGAGUGUGCAGCUGGAGCAGAAUACCCUCAUUUUUAGGAAUCUAGUGAUGCCUCUUGCCUCAGGGAAACGUUUCUUUGAUGGGGAGUUUAUGAGAUUUCUUUUUCUUGUUUAUGCUUUAUUUGUGGUAACGAAAGAGUGAAUGACUUCCACAGCCAUGGCCGGGCGGGCCGGCAGGCAGAGCGGGGCCUGGGGCUGCAGGGCUGCGGGGCUGUCCCUGGUGCAGCCGCUCCUGAGGUGUGAGAGGGGCUGUGGCUUUUGUGCGGCGCGACUAUGUUGGUGUUGGGGGGUGGUAUGGAAAUUGUUAAUCUUGUAUAAAGCAACUCAAUAAAUUGUUUCAAGGUUUC